GUGUGCAAAGUGAACUAUCCUCAUGGGUCUCAGAUGGACUUUACUUCUUGUGAUCGUGUGGCUGGUGGCUGCAGCGGAAGGGCAGCGCGGGGUGCCUCCAGUUGGUAGCGAGUACAACGACGUCAGGGUGGACGGCAGCUACCAAUUCGGCUUCCAGACAGGCGACAGAGGGCAGCACUAUCAUGCUGCGGUGGCUAAUCAGCAAAACCAAGUGGCAGGAAGGUUUGGUUCCCUCGACCCGGAAAAGAAGAUAGUGGUAAACACAGAGUACACUGCAGGAAGGCGUGGGUUCAGAGCCCGUGGCCCAAAUAUUGCCCGAAAAAUGGACCUGUCUCAAGCAAAGAUCCCGUACAACCCUCCCGUAAGUCCAGACUCACCAAACUAUAAUCCAACCUACGAUGGAUACCAUGAUCCCAACGAAGACCCUAGCUAUAGUUUCGCCUUUCGAACUCCAACACAAGGAAAGCAAGAGGCCUCGGAUUCGAAUGGUCACGUUAAUGGUAAAUAUUAUUUUUACGACGACAUUGGAGAGCGUCAUGACGUUGCUUAUGAAGCCGGCGCUAGGACAGGAUUCAACGUAAAAACUCCGUUCCCUGAUUCUAAUGUUUUCUCAGGAUUAUUUUACAAAGGUGCUGCUGGAAAACCUGGUGGAAAUCCGAGAGGCAAAACCUCAAUUCUACAAAAACUAGACGGCUCAUACCGUUUUGUAGCUGCUGGACCAGACCAGAGAAGGACUGAACAAAGCGAUGCUGUUGGCAAUGUGAGAGGAUCAUAUACAUAUGUAGAUGACAAGGGUCAACAAAGAACAGUAGAGUACAUAGCGGGUCCAGGCAUAGGAUAUAGAAUUAUAAAAAAAGGAACGGGUGUUUCUUUUCCUAACUUUCCUGUAUUUAUCCCACCACAGACAUCUGGUCCUGUACCCCCUUUUCCCUCAAACACAUCACCUUUUCCUACAACAUCACCAAGUCCAUUUUCUCCGUUAGAUUUGAAUAAUGACGGAUUUCCGGAUGACUUUGGGCUGCAGGGAGACUCCGCUUUUGGAGAUAAAAGACCGCCUGGUAGUUCAGGUGCUGGUAGACCUGGUAGUUCAAACAGUGGUAGACCUGGCGGUUCAAGCGGUGGUAGACCUGGUGGUUCGGGCGCAGGUAGACCCAGCGGUUCAGGUGCUGGUAGACCAAGUGAUUCAGGAUAUGAUCAAGGUACACCUGGUACAUCAGUUGGAGGUUCCACUGGCAGUGGAGAAACAGGUCCUGGGGAUAUCGGAGAAAAUACAAGCGAUGGAUCGCCAAGUUGGUCAUCUACCGAAUCAUCUACAGUUGGAGGAAGCUGGAGUUCUACAACACAAGGCGGUGGUAGCUGGACGACUUCUUCAACACCUACUGUAUCAGGGACUUGGGGUACAACAAAACCUACGGGGAGACCAGGUGUAUUCAAGCCUCCUCCUUCAUUUGGUGGAGAAAGUGAUUCACGUCCAACAGGACCACCAGGAUUGUACAAUGAACCUAAUCCCCCUCCUACAACCGGUUUUUCUGAUCCAACACCAUCUACAGGCCAAGGAAGCUCGACAACAGAAGGCUACCCAGGAUAUCCUGAAGGUUACCCGAGUGGAAGACCGAAACCAGGGUCUCCAACAUUCACACUUCCAGGUCAAUGCUGUCGGCCUGGUCCUCCUCCACCACUAGACAAUCUUCCUUCAGCGUUUCCAGAAGACGACCCAAAUAAACCGUCUAAAAGACCACCUAAACCAGGCACUCCUGAUGAUUUUCUUCAAGCGCCAUUUGAGGAUUUACCGCCAAAAGAGUUCUAUGGCACAAACUACUACAAACCUAAGCCAAUAGCCGCUCCAACAGGAGGAAUUCAAGUAGGGGACAGCACAUUUUUAAGUUCGAACAAGAACUACUUUUCUUUUCCGGCCGGAGUAGCAGUCCGAGCUCACAUUCAGUCCUUAGACAUUCUCCCAUUCGGAUCGAGAAUUCCUUCACCAGGUGCAGCUCUGGAAGCUGGAGUUUCCAAUGCCUCGGGGAGAUAGCGUAUGUAAAUUCAUUUCUAAACUUAUAGCAUUAUAAGAUCUCGCUCAUAAUAGUUAUGCUCUUUAUUUAUUGAAUUUAAAUGAAGGAUUCCAUAACACUAGAGAUUGUACAUAGUUCAUUUUAUCGAAUCCCAUGUGUUUAUUUAUUUCUAUGUAUAGAAUCAUAAAUAUUUGUAAAUAAAAUAUUAUACAAGUUUCAUUGUAUUUCAUUUUAGCUUUUAAGUCUAAAAUCAAUAAUAAAGCAACGGAUAUAC